AUGGCUGAGCAACAAGAAACGUCAGUUUCAUCGACACUUGAACAAACUACAAAUAAACUCGAGGAAACUGUACUAGAUGAAGACGGAAAGCCACUAUCAAAAAAAGCACUUAAGAAAUUAGAAAAGGAACGCGAGAAAGAACGCGCAAAAGAACGCGCAAAGAAAGAACGCGAAAGAAUCGAACUUGAGAGAAAGGCUGCAGAAAGUUACGGAUCAGAGAAUUUCGGAAAGAAACCAUUGAAUCAGUCGCAAGAGAGAACUGCCACAAAACGAAUUCGAAUUUCUGACAUUAAUGGUAGUCUCAAUGGAGAAGUUGUAACGAUUCGUGCACGUGUUCAGACUUCUCGAGCGAAAAGCCAAAUCGCAUUCUUUGUACUUCGUCAACAGUUCUCGACGAUUCAAGGUGUGUUAACUGUCAACAAGGAUACUGUGAGUAAAGGAUUUGUGAAAUUUGCAUCAAGUAUACCUGAUGAGUCGAUUGUCGACGUAGAAGGUAUGGUUGCAAAAACAGAAGAAGAAAUUAAGAGUACGACGGUUACCGAUGCAGAAUUGCAUAUAAAAAAGCUUUACAUAAUUAGCGAAACUGUUGGACGUCUUCCGUUCACUAUGGAUGAAGCGACACGACCUGAAGAUCUAAUCCAACAAGCAGAAACGCAAUUCAAUCGUAUAACUCUAGAAACACGAUUAAAUAAUCGUGUUGUUGAUCUACGCGUUAGUAAUCCAUUUUAUUUGCUUUCUAUUACAAUCACAAAUCAAGCUAUUUUUCGCAUUCAAUCGGGUGUAUGUCAGCUAUUUAGGGAAUUCCUUUUGUCAAAAGAAUUCAUUGAAAUUCAUACGCCGAAAAUUCUUGGCGCUGCUAGUGAAGGCGGGGCGAGUGUGUUUUCGGUGAAAUAUUUCAAAGUUGACGCGUAUCUUGCACAGUCACCUCAGUUCUAUAAGCAAAUGUGUGUAUGUUCUGAUUUUGACCGUGUGUUUGAAAUAGCUCCCGUAUUUCGCGCUGAAAAUGCAAACACACAUCGACACAUGACUGAAUUCGUGGGUCUCGAUCUGGAAAUGGCAUUCGAAGAACACUACCACGAGGUUCUUGAAGUUCUCGAUGAACUAUUUGUGUUCAUCUUUCAAGGUCUCAAGACCAGGUUCGCCGCCGAGAUUGAGACUGUAAAAAGACAGUAUAAUACACCUGAUUUUGAGUUCCUACCGAAAACUUUGCGGCUAGAGUAUAAAGAUGCUGUGAAACUAUUGAGAGAAAAAGGGGUGGAGAUUGGUGAUUAUGACGAUUUAAGCACGGAAACAGAACGCAUUCUUGGGCAACUAGUAAAAGAAAAGUAUAAUACCGAUUUCUAUAUGCUUGACAAGUUCCCAUUAGAAGUGCGUCCUUUCUACACAAUGCCUGACCCAAAUAAUGACAAAUAUUCAAAUUCAUACGACUUUUUUAUGCGAGGCGAAGAAAUACUAUCGGGUGCUCAACGUAUUCAUGACGCCGCGUUUCUGGAAGAACGUGCCAAAGUACAUAACAUUGAUCCGCCAUCAAUACAGGGUUAUCUUGACGCGUUUAAACGUGGGGCACCGCCACAUGCUGGUGGUGGAAUUGGUUUGGAACGCGUGGUCAUGUUAUACCUGAACCUUGGUAAUAUUCGUAGAUCAUCACUGUUUCCACGUGAUCCUAAACGUCUUGAACCUUAA